AUGACAUACCCCUACGAACGCUCCGCGGGCACUUCUCCUCUUCCCUCCUUCAACCAGACCUACACACCAAGAUCGCCAAGUUUAUCCAGUCGCGUGUGGGGAUUUGUUCCCCCAAUCGCAAAACAAUGGCUUUCGGAGGGGCCUCUCAGCCGUGGAAUCGGUAGACAUCGAGGCAGUGAGGGGAUUAAGAUCACCGCAGUACGAGCUGUGAAGUCCGUCUUUUCCAUCUCUACUGCUAUCAUUUUAUUGUGGAUUUACUCUAUCUGGUGGGGCGAACGGAGAGUAUUUGAGGAGCACAUUAACCAAUGCCUUUGGGAUAGUUGGGAAGAAUGGCCCCAAGAAGCAACACCGCACCACAUCGCCUUCAUCUCAGACCCCCAGCUCGUCGAUCCCCACACCUACCCUGGCCGACCAUGGCCUCUGUCAACAUUGACUGUCAAAUACACGGACCAGUAUAUGCGCCGAUCAUUCUCCUUGAUUCAGGAUCACCUCGAGCCGGACUCGGUGCUGUUCCUGGGUGACCUUUUCGACGGUGGCAGAGAAUGGGCCACUGGUACCUACACCAGCCCUGAAGCCCGAUAUAAGAAUAUCAAAACCAAUUUCUGGAAAAAAGAAUACCGCCGCUUUAUGAACAUCUUCUUAGAUCCUUGGGAAAAGAACAGGCCCCCACCGGUGGAUGGACGAGGGCGCAAGUUGCUUGCCAGCUUACCUGGAAAUCAUGAUCUCGGAUUUGGAAAUGGUGUCCAAGAGCCUGUUCGUGAUCGGUUCCAGACCUACUUCGGACACAGCAAUCGAGUAGAUGUGAUUGGAAACCAUACCUUUGUUUCAGUUGAUACUGUCUCACUGAGCGCGAUGGACCAACCUGAUCCCUUGACAGGCAGCUCGCCAACAGCCGCAAACGAUGACGCCUGGCCUGCUCGCCCGAUUUGGAAAGAUGCGGACGAUUUCCUGGACAAGAUGGCCAUGCACAGGGCCAAGGCCGAAACAGAGGAACUGCGAAUGCUGCAAAACCAGAGCGAGGGCCAUCUGUUCGACUACCGUGUGGUCAAUGCUGUCGAUCCAGCAAUCCACCACAUGCCCGUGCCAACAAGCCCCGGUUUCCCUACGAUCAUCCUUACGCACGUGCCUCUAUACCGUAAGCCUGCCACUCCAUGUGGGCCUCUACGCGAGCGCUACCCUCCAUCUUCGGACGAAGAACUGGAAGAGGAUGAGCCCAAUUCUCUGAAGAUCUCGGGUGGCUACCAGUAUCAGAAUGUCCUCACACAGACCGUAUCCAACGAGUUGGUGUCUAAAUCAGGACCCAAUGUGGUCCAAGUCUACUCUGGUGAUGACCACGACUACUGUGAAGUCUCCCACCGGGAGUUCAACGGUUCACCAAACGAGAUCACUGUCAAAAGUAUCUCCUGGGCAAUGGGAGUUCGCCACCCAGGCUUCGUGUUGACCAGUCUGUGGAACCCAAUUGACCCCCAGACAGGUAAACCAAUCAAGGACGCCUCGCCAACCAUCCAAAACCACCUCUGCCUUCUCCCAGACCAACUGGGUAUCUUCAUCCACUACCUCACCAUCCUCGGCCUCAGCGUCGCCGUCCUCUUCAUCCGCGCCCUCUACCGGGCAUUCUCCUCGCCGGAGCCAUCACCAACCGGCGCCCUUCUUCCUCUCUCUGAACGCCGCCCGCAACAUAACCCCCAGACCUCCGGUGCAUCUAGCUCUACUUUGUCAGCAGGAGGCCUAGCCAGCCGCGGGAUGACAGCGUCUCCUCGCUACCCUGGAACUAAGUCACCUGAUGCCUACCGGGUCGACGAGGACAUGUUCUCCUCGAAAAACAAGACUUCAUGGCGGCCGGCAUCAGCUACUGGGCCCCGCUCUACUGCUUCCCUUGUCUUGCAUGAUCUGUACCAUUCUACCAAGAUUGUGGCGCAGGUCGUGUUGUUAGCGUACUUCAUCCUGAUCUGGCGCUGGUAG